AUGGUCAGGAAACCGGAUUAUAAUGGGGAACCUUUCCCAUAUGAGCCUUUUUUCAGGGGACCAGUUAGCAAGAGGAGUUGUACAGACAUUAUCUGCUGUAUGGCUUUUGUGGCUGCCAUUGUCAGCUAUAUGCUUAUUGGCAUCCUGGCUUUGUUGUAUGGAGACCCUCGUCAUGUCCUGUUGCCCCGGAAUUCCACUGGGAUGUUCUGUGGAUCUGGAGUCAAUUUUGACAAACCAAAUGUCCUCUACUUUGACGUUCUGAAGUGUGUCAGAGCAACCACAGAAAUGGAUGCCACUCUAGAGGGUCUCCAGUGUCCAACCACUCAAGUCUGUGUUAAAAAAUGCCCUUCGGAGUUCUGGAAGUUGCCCGCAGAGGCGUAUGCCCCAGAUGCCCUACCUAAAGACUUCUUUCAGCAGCAGUAUUGUGAUCCUAGACUUGACCUUGCCCAAACCACAAUGAGUGUUCAAGACAUCCUCAAUCAAGAGCUUUGUCCGUAUUUCUACACCCCAAGUAAACCAGCACUAGGGAAAUGCCUGCCUAGCUUUGAACUACAGGACGUUCCUCCAGACUUCUCUCUCCCUGGAUUCGCUUCCGUAGAUGAAACAGUCAAGCACAUAAAGAGUGCUAUGGAAUAUCUGAUGUUCGUGCUACUGUUGGCUCUCAUCGUGGGAGUGCUCGUAGCUGGAGCGUAUGGUAUCUACUACUGUUACCGGGAAUAUAACCACUACAGACACUCCAAACUCACCCUCGGUGACAUUACUUAUAAUUCAGAAUUCUCUGUCUACCUUCAAGUGAAAGAGACUUGGCUGUUCUUCUUGGUGAGCCUGUGUCUUUUGGAAUUCGUAAUUUUACUCUUCCUGACACAUCGGGGGAGGAGAAUAUCUGUUGCAUUGGCACUGAUCAAAGAGUCCAACAGGGCGGUGAGUUGUGUGACGACCACACUGGCUUACCCCUUGGUGACGUUCCUGCUGGUGGUGAUAAGCAUGGCCUACUGGGGAAUCACUAGCCUGUAUUUGGCCACAUCAGGUGCUCCUGUAUACCAUGUCGCUGCUCUCAACUCCUCCAUAGCCAACUGUAGUUCUAUCACAGGCUCUGAGAUUUGCAUUCCCAAGGAAUUCAGUGCUUCUCUCCAUCCUGAUUGUCCAUCUGUGCGCUGUGUGUUUUUUAAAUACGAUGACACGGACUUGUUCUCAAGGAUCGCACCCUACCUGCAGAUCUAUAAGUUGCUGGCUUUCCUCUGGUGCGUGAACUUCAUCAUCGCCCUGGGCCAGUGUACACUAGCCGGUACCUUCGCAUCCUUCUACUGGGCCUUCAGUAAACCAGCAGACAUUCCCCCGUACCCUCUCUUACAAGCCUUCAUCCGGACACUAGGGUGUCAUGUCGGCUCUUUAGCAUUGGGUGCUGUCAUCCUUACCAUAUUCCAGGUCCCUCGGAUGUUUCUGGAAUAUCUUGACUAUAGGUUCAGAGACUGCCGGAAUUUCUGUUGUCAGUUUGUGAUGAUGUCCCUCAAAUGCUGCUUUUGGUUCCUGGAUAAAUUCCUCAAGUUCUUCCACAGAAACACCUAUAUCAUGAUUGCUAUACAUGGAAACAAUUUCCAUGUGUCUGGCAAGAAUGCUUAUAUGCUCUUGAGGAGAAAUAUUAACCGGGUGGUGGUGUUGGACUGUGUUACAGACACACUGCUGUUUUCCGGCAAGGUGCUGGUGGUCGGAUUAGUGGGUCUGCUGGCUUUCUUCUUCUUCUCUGGGAGAAUCAGGCUGCCAGAUGACAAUUUCCAGAUUCAGCUGCUGCAUUACUACUGGUUGCCCGUUAUCACGGUGAUGGCGGGAGCUUACUUGAUCGCUCAGGGCUUCUUCAGUGUGUACAGCAUGUGUGUGGACAGCCUUUUUCUCUGCUUCUUGGAGGAUCUGGAGCGUAAUGAGGGCACCAUGCUGAGACCAUACUACAUGUCCGGGUCUCUGUGGCGAAUCCUCAAUAAGUCCUAAAGAGCCUUAAAAAAGACAGCUUUCGACCACAUCCUUUUCCAAACUUUUCAUAAAUAAACCAAACAAGCAUUUAUGUUAGUAUUUUUUUCUUUGUUACUGUAAAACUGCUCAGCAUUCUGAUCGCUGCUGUAAUGUUCAGAAGACAGCUGACGGGGCCUCUUUCAGG